CACGACAGUCAAUCUACAUAGGAAAUGAGAGAAGCACUACACGAAACCAUCAGAAAGGGACUAUCGGGACUUGGAAGACUAUCACGACCAAACCACUACCAGCUUCGAUUCACCAGCAGCAGCAGCCAUCACCAGCACGAACCAUCCACAAGACCAAGACCGAUCAUCUGGACAUACCUCAAAGAUUUAGUCAGAUAUCAGGAUGGAUACGAGUUCCAGAACUCACUCGUUCGGCACAAGAUCGAUCAUCCAUCCGCUCCAGAUUGGCUGAUCUUGCUCCAACAUCAUCCAGUCUAUACCACCGGCAGGAGACAACUAUCUGAUCACCAACUCGAACUCGAACGUAGCAGACUAUCUAUCCUCAACCCACGCGCAGAUUUCUUUCCUACCCUUCGUGGCGGACAAAUCACUUUCCAUGGGCCUGGUCAAUUGGUCGCUUACCCUAUCCUGAAUCUAGGCCUGAUGAAUUUGAAUACGAGGAUGUACGUGGACUUUUUGAUGAAUCUAUUGAGAUCAAUCUUAGUCCAUCCGACCUUACCGCGCCCGAUCAUCAGUCUCAAUCCAGCCGACAAUCCGGAUCUGCCGGUCGGGAUCUUCAUCGGCAGCCAAUGGUGCAAGAUUGCCAGCGUUGGAAUCCAAGUCCGAAGGAGGAUCACAAGCCAUGGGUUCGCACUGAAUAUCGAGCAGGAGUGCGAGCGUGGAUUCAAGGAGAUCGUCGCCUGUGGUCUAAGAAACACCCAACUGACUAGCAUCCAAUCCGUCUUAGCACACCCUCAACCUCGCAUCACUGUCAACGAUCUCGUCAGACCGACUGUCGAUCUAUUCGGAGAGCUGAGUGGGAUCCACAUGAAACAGAUGGACGAAGAUUGUCAAGAGUUGGAUCCAAUCGGAUACCAACUAGUCCAGAAAUUCAUCAAUUCUCAACAACAACCAUCACAAAUAGCAAGCUCAUAAUCGGACUUCCCUACCCUUCCACUCACAUGAAAUCUCUCCAAUUUGUUUGUUUUAUAGUUCAAGCUCUUUGUUUAGACUAUGAUGAAAAUCGAAGACUUGCAAAGUUCGAUGGACUUCAUGAGAGACUGCCCCAGUGACUUUUAAACGGAUGAUCAGCU